AGUGACUUCUUCGCCAAGUUAUUUGUUCCAGUGUGCAAUUUUGUCCAACGUUUUGUUUUUAACUCAGAAUCUCGUCUUGGGAGUUGGGCGGUGAAGAAGUGAGAGACCAAGAGAGAAAAGAGCUCAGAGAGCAAAGUGAAGAACUAUGGGAGUUCGACGACCGGGAACUACGAGAGGAUAUGAGGAAAUGCAGGGAGCUAAUGUGGCCACAGUUAAUGUGGCCAUUGCAGGUCAUACAACACCGAUCGUCAAUCACAAUCACCAUCAGGCACCUCCACCACCCACCACAACACAGGAGUUCGAGAUGGCCUCCGUGAGCGUCGUGCCAGAUGAUACCUUCACCGUAACUCAGGCUGUGAACGCACGCUUUGGCUGGUUUCAGGUGAAAUUGUCUCUAUGCGUGGGUCUCUGCUGGAUGGCAGAUUCCAUGGAAAUGACAAUCCUCAGUGUCCUCGGACCAGCACUGCACUGUGACUGGGGAGUUACGAGGUAUCAGCAAGCCCUCACUACCACAAUCGUCUUCCUGGGCAUGAUGCUGAGUUCGACAUUUUGGGGGCAACUCAGUGAUCGCUAUGGACGGAAGCCAGCCCUGACACUCUGUGGAGUGUUGCUCUUCCUCUAUGGUCUUCUAUCGGCUGUUGCUCCCAGCUUCGGCUGGCUUCUGCUGCUUAGGGGUCUAGUGGGAUUCGCCAUUGGAUGUGUUCCACAAUCUGUGACACUCUAUGCUGAGUUCCUGCCCACCAAACAGCGCGCCAAGUGUGUUGUUCUCCUCGAUUGCUUCUGGGCACUUGGAGCGUGCUUCGAAGUAACUCUGGCUCUGGUAGUGGCACCACAAUUGGGCUGGCGAUGGCUUCUUGGUCUGUCGGCGGCACCACUCUUUGUCUUUGCCGUCAUUACGCCCUGGUUGCCGGAAUCGGCCCGAUACAAUGUUACGUGUGGGCAGAAUGAUAAGGCUCUGGCUACUCUGGAGCAAAUUGCUCAGGACAAUAAGAAACCCAUGCUCCUGGGAAGGUUGGUAGUGGAGGGAACAGCAACACCACGUGGGAGUGUCCGAGCACUGCUCAGUACUUCCCUGAGGCGAACAACGCUGCUGCUGUGGUUUAUCUGGAUGUCCUGUGCUUUCUGCUACUAUGGGCUUGUUCUGAUGUCCACAGAGCUCUUCAGUGGCGAUCGGAAACCCGUUGUAGCAGGUGACAUUGAAGACUGUCAUCCACUCUCUACUGAUGAUUACCUUGACCUGUUGUGGACGACACUGGCUGAGUUUCCAGGAAUCUUUGCAACAAUUGCCGUAAUGGAGAAAUGGGGCAGGAAAAAAACUAUGGCUUUCCAAUUCAUCCUCUACGGCGGCUGUGUCCUCCUCCUCACAACAACAAAAGAUCGAAUAGCUCUAACGAUGAUCCUCUUUCUGGCACGUGGAGUUAUCGCAGGACUCUUCCAGGCGGCUUACGUUUACACGCCAGAAGUCUAUCCCACGGCUCUGAGAUCUGUUGGAGUAGGCGGAUGCUCAGCUCUAGCCAGGCUUGGAGCCAUGGCUACUCCAUAUGUUGCUCAGGUUCUCUUGCAAACCUCAGUGUGGAGUGCCGUGAGUGUUUAUGGCGUGUUUGCAAUCAGUGCCAGCGUGGCGUGUCUCCUGCUCCCGUACGAGACCCGCGGCAGCGACAUGGCUCAGUAGCCGGAUUCCAAACCAGACUCUCUGUGACUAAACCAAAUCUCCGUGACUGAUUUUGUGGGUGCUUUUCGCUUUGGGCGACAUGAGGUUUUAUAAUAAAUAAAAAAAGAACAACACAACUUCGAUACGCUCAUGAAUGUGAAUAUGGUAUAUUUUAGUUUUUUUACCUUCUUUUUGUUCUGCAAACUCUUUAUGAGAUGAAAUUACAAUGGCUAAUUUUACUCUGUUUUAAGUAUUUAAGAUAAUUUAUUCACUGUCGCGCUGAUAUGUUUCUGAGAUGUGUGAGCAUGUAAAAUUACUAUGUAAACAGAAUUUAAAACAAUGAGUAUUGUUACAUUUAUUGGAAAA